AUGGGCAAAUCCGACGACUUCUUGGGUGAGUGCUGGCUGCCGGCGCUGGGCUCCCUGACGGCGGCGCCCAAGCGCUACGUGCUGCCCGUGACCAACGCGCCGCCCGAGAAGGGCGCCACACGAUAUCACAGCAAGAAGUUCAGCAAGGUCACCUGUGAAGGCCACUUGAUCGUGGACGCCUCGUGGACCUUCCCCAGCGAAACGGUGCCGCCCCUGCCGGAUGCAGCUGAUAUGGAGAAGAGGGUGAAGAGAGAGGAGAUCCUGCAUACGGGAAAGCUGAAGCUGAAGAUCAUCAAGGCCGAAGGCCUGCGCGGCGCGGACCGCGGCUUCCGGCGAGAAGGCAGCGAUCCCUAUGUGUGCAUGUACGUGAAGAACGAGGCCUUCUUCCGCCAGGAGAAGAUUCCACCCGGCUUCGAUGAGAACGGAUGGCACCAGACAGCCUUGGGCCGACACGAGUGCUACUGGACCACCAGCACGAAGAAGGCCACCAGGAAUCCCGAAUGGAACGAAGAGAAGGAGUUCAUGCUCAGGACCCGGGUGCUGCGGCAAAGGAAUGGAGUUGAAAGAGAGCUGGGAUUGAUAGGAGUGGAAGGGUUUGUGUUGGUUCCAGAGCAAGGGGGCUUUGGCUUGGGUCUCCCAUUGGAGCAGCCAGUCUGUGCCCUUGGCACAGACAGCUUGUAUGUAGAGCUGCUAGAUUCCAAACAGCUUCUGGAUGUGAUUGGCUGCCAGGUGCGGCACGCACUGGAACAGCUGGCUGCCAGCCGAGAUACCUCCGCACGCACAGGACUGGCCACGCGACACCGCGAUGACUACUACGCCGCGGUCUUGGGUAACAAGGAGGAAUUGCGCAUGUACUUUGGACCGAAGGAUACGAAGGAGAAGGAUGGUCCCGGCAUGAAUCACAACAUCCAGAUCUACUUGGGCGACAACAUGCACCAGUUCAAGGACAAGUUGGCCGCUGCCUGCAAGGCCGAAGCUGCUGUGGAGAAGAACCGAAAGCGGCAGCAGCAACUGGAGGCUGUGGCAAAUGACAUGUCCUACCGGCACUCGGUCAUGGUCUUCGUGCCCUCGCAACGGCUCCGCGAGCUGGCGCAGCAGGGCAAGGUGGGGGUGAGCAGCUACGAGUACAAGCGCCUCUACCGUAUCGAAGAGCAGGACCUUUGCACCUUCAUGCACUAUUCCAACAUCUACUCCUUUGGUCGAUCGGUGGCGCAGCGCCUGCGCGUGGUCGAUGGCACCGAACAGUGCUUCGGCUAUGCCAAGUUCCAACACCCCUCGGAUGGGAACUCCUUGGAGUGGAGACCGGCCUUGAUCAACCGGUCCGAGCAGGUGGGCACCAGCAAGAAGACCUUCAAAGUCUCCUAUGCCCCUCGGACCGGGUCGAUCCCUUAUACGCCGCUGAAAGAGCUGAAACCGCCGCGACCCUUAGGCGGCGGAGCUACCUACAGCCGCCUUAAGGCUGGAGGUAGGAGGUGA